CUUUCUGGGAUCUGGUCGAACAGCGGUCGGACUGCCAUUUUCUGGAGAUGUUAACGGAAUAUUGCACACUUUCAUCUAACUUUGUUUAUAGAUGCCACAGGAAGGGAUAGGUUCUUAAUUUGCAGGUUUUAAUAUUGUUGCUUUUGAGCGUUUAGCUGCGUUUUUUAGGCAGAUUUAGCAGCGGUAGCUCGUAUUGUGUUAGAAGGUUGACAAAAUGUCCAGACCAAGGUCCAGAUCACCGCAUUUCAGGAGAUUUCCAUGGGAAGAACCUGGCUUUGAUCCUCACAAAGUUAACGAAGAGCUAGAAGUGUAUUCGCGGGAUCAAAGCCACCGCUUCAGAGGGGUUCCUGGGGACCUGCAGGAGUCCUUCAGAGAUGAAACACACCAGGAAGGCCGCAGAAUACCCCCACUUUUCUCAUGUGAACUUCAGUUUGGACGUCGGCGACAUCCGGACCAGGAUUCUUACCGUCGGAGCUUGUCCCCCCACCGGGAUGGAGCACGUUUCGAAAGCCACUCCCCCCAGGACGAUGGAGAAUUUGUCGAGCGGCGCAGAGGAGGGGUCAGAGAAGAUUUUCUGGGCUUUGAAAACAGGGAGGCGUUUCCUCGGGGGAAUCGACCGUCGUCCCCUCAGAGGGAGGCCGGGAUGGGUUGGAGGAGGCAGGACCGGGGCCGCGGUCGGGUUCAAGGCAGGUUUGAAGGCUUCAAUCCCAGCGGGAGGUCCGGUGACCCGAGAGCUGGCAGCAUGGAUAGAGGAAAGAGGAACACACAGUUCAGAGGUAGACAGAGAGAGAACCCUCAUCAUGAGAGAGGACCCGCUUUUAAAAGACAGAGAGGAGAAAUGGAGGACGUCGAUCAUUCCGGGUUCGGGGGUGAGGAGGACUUUGGGGAUCGGGGUUUCUCAGCGGACAGACCCAGAGGUGGAUUUAGAGGACGCACUCGGGGGAACCUCCCCGAAAGAGACCCGCUCGUUUUCGAACACGAUCACGCCGUCCCAGGUGACGAGAACGCGCCGGAGUUCAGCGACUUUGACGGUCGCAGGCGUCAGCCCACCUUCGAUCGACGCAGGAGUCGUUCCAAGGGUUCCUCUCAGGAACGAUUCCGAACCACGGAUGUCCGGUUGGACGACCGCGAAGAACGCCGUUUUGCAGACAGUUCUAGGGAUUCAAACUUCCGUGAAGCAAACACGAUGAGAUACGGUAAUCAGGACGGCCCUGUGGGCAGCAGAGGGAGGUGGAGGAGUAACCAAGCUCAAAGUGGAAGUUUUGUGCCUCCUAGAGAUCGACCGAGAUUCCAGAACCUUCCUCAGGAUGAACAGAGAGCAGGCUACCAAGCCUUCAGGGAGGAUCCCAUUGAGAAGGAGCCCACCUGGGCCAAUGAAGACCGCCGCCCGCAGUGGGAAGGUGACAGGCCCCGAAGUCUGGAACGAAACCUGCGGAGGAACGAAAUGGACCCCAAAAUGCCCGGUCGGAGUGGAUGGGAGGGCCGGAAGAAUGAAGACAUGAUGGUCGUAACAGAAGAAACGCUCACCAUCAAAGUGGACAUGAGUCGACCAGCAAGCCAAACAAGCUCGCUCUGCUACUCCUCAGACCGCCAGCUGUCCUUCGACCURGUCAACGUGGGGCGCCAACGCCACCACUUCCUGCCCAUGCUGGAGCACUCCGGCACGUACCGCGAGACCGAGAUGCACACUGGAGCCUUCGCCCAGGAGAUCAUCAGCCUGGUGCACUACGUCAAAGAUCAGUACUUCAGAGGAGACGGGCUGACCCUGAACCAGAGGUUCUCUGCUCCACAGAAAGGCUUCUCUGAGGAGGAGCUGACCCUGAACCAGAGGUUCAGUUCUAGCAGAGGCUUCAGUUUAAACUCAGACUCUCUUCUUGACGACGAUGAUGAUGAUGAUGAGCCGCUCUUCUCCAGGCUGGAUGGCAUGCAGAACAAGCAGCCGUCACGAGGCCCAGGAGACCUGAGGCACGACCUGGACAGGAGGCGGCAGGAGAAACUGGAGGCUGUCAAAGUCACCAUCGCAGGAAGCGGCUCGAUUCAGCAGCGCUCGCACAGCGCCGUCAGAGAGCCGGACCUGACGGAACACGAGGGGUUCUGGAGCGGAGAGCAGAACCGGAGGAGAGAGGGAAACAUGGGACCAAGAAGAGCUUCUAACAGACCCAACCCGGGUCAGAACCGCUGGAACCAGAGACAGAACCCUGCAGGUCCCAGCUGGUGACGGACCAGAAGUUUAUUUUAAACCAUCCAGAACCAGAACUUUUCAAUUCUCCUUUUCCUCUGCUCCUCUUAGAGAAAAUUAUUCUGCAGUUUGAACUUUUUCUUUAACAGUUUUAUUAAAGAUGAAAUGUAAAACUUG